CCGACCCUGGCUGCCAAGGAGGUUCUGACAUUGCUUUCUAUGUGUUUCAUUAUCGCCAUGGUGACUGGUGGUCUCCUCUACCAUUGGAUGACAGAGAUCCUGAGAUAUGACAGUGGUACUUCCAGCACUGCUGCCUGCAUCUAUACUGUGGCCAUCCUUUUCCUCUCGUUCCUCUGUCAUCCUCUCCGUUGUGUACUAACUAUGAUCCUGCCCACUCUGGGCACCAAACAGGGGCGCAAGUUGAUCAUCUCCACCUCUGUGAUUGUGUUAGUGUUGAACAUCAUCCUUAACAUAACCGUUAACAUGGGAGUGGUGAUGCACGUUUUAAAGUGCACCUCUGAAGGUUUUGCCCGCUCUCUUUUGAACUCAUCUGAGCUGUUUCAAGAAGCAAAGAGAGAUCUUGUUAGAGAGGCUAUCAAAGUGAAACAGGAAGAACUGAAUAUUGUUAACAAAUUGAGGAAAUUUGAUCAUUUUACACACAUUGAUGUGUCAGAGGUCCAAAAUAAGUUUGUUACUGUAAGCAAGCAGAUUGAGAGUGACUUUUCACGUGCCAAUAAACUGCUGGAGGAGUAUAAACUUCUGUCAAACAGGAUUCUGGCGGCCAUCUUUGUAAUCUACCUGAUAGUUGAAUCAGCCUACUACCUGAAGUCAUAUGUCAUUUCAGUUAAGUUUGACAAUGUUUACAUCACAAGACAGUUACUGCAAAAAGCAUCUGAUGAUGGAAUCCAAAUAGAACCAACUAACCUGAAAAAGAUGGUUAAUUCCACAAGUUGUAAAAUAACAAACCAGGAAUUUACCAGAUGUCUUCCUCCAUAGUAGUGGUGACUUUGUAUUUCAUUGUUAUCAUCUUCAUAAUGGCUUUGGAUCACAUUGUGUACCAUCUGGUUACAGUGAGUGGGCCUUGGUUGCUGGAAGUUCCAGCUACAGCUGUCAGCAUAGCUGUGAAAUAUAAGGUAGGUCAAUAUUGAUACAGUACUUUUCUAUAUGAGGUCGGGCACAUCACAGAACAUAAUGUGACAUUAUAUCAUGUGUAGCCUUGAGAUCAAUGAUGAUAUGAAAUUGAAUAACACAGUGGACAAAUGGUGACUGGAUUCUCUUUUCUCUGACAGGUUCACCUGCGCUUUCCAGGCCUAUGUAUUAUCCCAGCUAUCUGUGGGGAUACAGAACUGGCAAACUUCCACAAGCAGUAUGACUGGACAUUUAACCCAGAGGCAUUACUCUGUGAUGUAGAGCCCUCGGCACCAGACCUGAGAGUGAGGGUCUUACUGGGUCUACUCUGUCUGGUGAGCUACAUCAUGGUGUUACUGGAGGUCUAUGCCAGACGCAUCCGCAGAAAAGUGUCUGCAUCCUUCUUCAAAAAGCAGGAGGAAAAGAGAAUUAAUUUCUUAUUGAAGAAGAUACAGGCGAAACAGGACACAAGAGAAAACAAUAUAUUUUUCAUUGAAGCUGUGAAUGAGACCAGCGUUCACACAAACCAAAAU